UCUAAACUCAUGUAUAAGCUAUAGAUCCAUACAUCUGCACUAAUUACAAAAUGGCACAAGAAGAACUGAAGAGGGCUCCGCAGUAGAUAAAGUGGCACUCCUUCUAUUACAAACUUAUCAUGUAUGGCCUCUCCGUAUUGUGAGCUCGAAGUUGGCCUCUAAGGGCGCCGAUGAGAGGCAACGCUGGAUCCUUGUUGUUUAAAACGUCACAGACGCAAAACAAAAGGAAAGGAGUCCACCAACGUAGCAAGGUCAUAAACCAAAACUCUAAUGUGUAAGGAGAUAAUGCUCAUUGCUAAGGCUUCCUAAACCAUCCUAUCGUCAGUAUUGGUAGAUUGGUCCACGGCCAUGGCUUCGGCGGAUUCGGAUGAGGGUGCGCCUCUGCUCUCGCCACUCGAAGUGCCCUACUACGACGAUACCGUGGCCUAUCACGAUGGAUUCUGGCAGCACGAGGACACGGCCUUGUCCGUGGCCCCGCCCAACUUGCAGACCGUGGCCAUGGAUUCGUCCGAGUCCUCGGAUUUCCCGACCCCUUUAGCACCGCCCCGAGUGCCUUGCUUCGCAUGUCAGCAUCGCCGCAACAUCUUCAUUUGUACGUCGUGUCUUCAAUCUGGUCAGUUCGAGCACAGUCGGGAUCGCCAACCCGAGAGCAUGGCCGACAAACAGGUCCGAGAUGCGGGUCUCACCCGCUCUAUCACGGAUAUGCGAACUCGUGUCUUGCAAUCCAUGAACGUUCGAGUGCGCCGACAGCUCAUGUUGGAGAAAAUCCGAUGGCAUAAGACCAACAUUCGCUCCUUGGAAAAGGCCGUGGCCGAUAAACGGGAUCAGUGGACGGUGACAUCUGGUCUAGCCCAAAAGAUUGAGUUAGGCAACGGACGGCGAAGGUCACGAUUUGAUCUGUUCGAGCGCAAGGUUGAGCAGAUCCGACGGUGUUCGCUCGGCUACCGAAAUGAACUCAAGCAACGGGAACGGCAAGUCGCGGACCUGGCCUCGACUUUGGCCGCUCAUCGCCAGAAAUAUAUUCGGGACCUGAGUGCGCAUAUUUUCCCGAUAUCUGAGAUCUUCCCGUCUCAGGUUGUGACCCAUUGUUAUUCGGACGAUGAAGAUGACAACCAAGAGUGUCUGAUCAUGGAGUCAUUGAAUGAGGCCAUGUCGACCUCGUUCAUCAAUGGCCGUUGGGUCGAUAACACGCCCCAUAGUAACGAGAUGCAUUAUCGCAUUGUCGAGUCUUGCCUCUCCUCGUCCGGUGAUUAUGUCGAGUACUUUGGCUGGAAGGAUAAACCCGAGGCCGAAGUCAUGGCCCGCCAUGAUGAAGGUCAAAUGAAUCCGACCUUGGUCAUUUCCUCGGCCCUCAUGCUCACCACGCAACUGACCCACCUAAUUGCCACCACUUUGGACUUGAUCCUACCUAAGAAAAUGCGAUCCAGUGAUUUCGGCUUACUCAUGAAAAGCGAGUAUCGCUUCACGAAGCGAUUACUCCAGCUCAAUUUCAAUAUUGCCUAUCUGUGUGUCACCCAAGGAAUCAAUCCCGAGUAUCUCAAGCCCAAACAGACAUUGCACAACCUCAAAUUGCUGAUCGAUUUCACCGAAGUCGGCGGAAUCCAAUUUGGACGCCCGGAUCAGCGAAUGACCAAUUUCGACCCUCUACUGAGAAUCCAUUACGACCUUCUUCAAGAUUUGGAACGCCGAAAGUCCUUGGAUGACGGACCGGAAGACUCGGAUGAGGAGGAUGGGAUUUCAGCCCAUUUGGGCUUGGAAGAUGAAGAUUGGGAGUCCAUCAAUCGAAAUGAGACUAUCUUACCUGGCGAUCAUUUAACUUUACGCUCGCCCUCCCCACCUAGUUAUGGGCUACCAUUGGCCUCCCAUCUUUGGUCUUCGCUCUUUCGAGGCCAGCCCCCUCACCCGACCUCACCCAGGCACAAUUGAAGUUUCAGUCAAUGCAAGAAUCCCGUGAGACAGUAUAUACGCUCGUGGUUGUUUACGUAUGAAAUAAAUACACACAUAUUCGUAAUAGAAAUACACAUCAUGACGACCUGAUUGUCUCUAUUUAUUAAUCCUGUUGCAGA